GUAGAAAUAAUUUGGCGCUUGGAUCGAUCGAUCGAUCGAUCUGGAGUGGCGCAUUGCGCGUCGGAUCUGGAGAUCCAGGACGUGCCGAUCGUCGCGAGCAGCAGCGUCCGGCACCGAGGUACAAAUCUUGAGGAGGCUUGUGGCGGCUCCUCGGGCAGCGACGAGGAAUUUGAGGAACAGAUGAGGCGGAUGCGGCAUGAGAGCUCCCAGGAGAAAUUUGCGAAGUACAGGGGGGUCUUGUUACUGGUAUCGAUCCCGCUGGGAUUGAUCUUGGCCGUGAUGCUGCUCAUGCCACGGUCGACGCUGGAGAAUGGCGCAGUGUCCAUCACGGAUCCUUUUGAUCGCGAGGCAUUUGGGAGCCAGUCGAGCUUCGCUGUGAUCUUUGACGCGGGGAGCUCUGGAAGUAGAGUCCAUGUCUUUCGAUUUAGUUCCGAUCUAGAGCUACUCGCCAUGGACAAUGGUCUUGAACUUUUUAGGCAGUUAAAGCCUGGAUUGAGCUACUAUGCCUCUGAUCCACGAGCAGCAGCCAACUCCUUAAAGCCACUACUGGAUGCUGCUUUGAAGGUGGUGCCAGAGAAUUUGCAAGGAAAAACUCCAGUUCGUCUCGGGGCUACAGCGGGAUUGAGAACUCUACCUGGUGGAAAAGCCAAUGAGAUUUUAGAAGAGGUUAGAGAUCUUUUAACAAAUAGCAGCUUUAAGUUCGAUCCAUCCUGGGUUAGCAUUCUUGAUGGGGCCGACGAAGGAUCAUUUCAAUGGGUUACAGUAAACUAUUUACUAGGCCGCCUUGGAAAAGACCUUUCCGAAACUGUUGGAAUUGUAGAUCUUGGGGGAGGCUCGGUGCAAAUGGCUUACGCAAUUACUGAAGAGGACGCCGCAAAAGCUCCAAAGGCGGCAGCUGGCGAAGACGCUUACGUCAAGACUCUGACGCUUCUCGGAAAAACAUACUAUUUGUAUGUUCACAGCUACUUGCACUAUGGCUUGCUAGCAGCUCGGGCAGAGGUGCUCCGACUUGUAAAGACCAAUGAUGAAAAUCCUUGUGUUACCUCUGGCUUCAAAGGCCAAUACGUAUAUGGAUCAGAGACUUUUGAUGCCGUGGGGGGUGCUGAUUUUGAUCGAUGUAGCGAUCUCAUUGUCAGCGCUCUCGAGAUAAAUCACACAUGUAACUAUCUCAAAUGCACUUUCAAGGGAAUCUGGAGCGGUGGCGGCGGUGCGGGUCAAAAAAAACUCUUUGUGGCCUCAUUCUUUUUCGAUCGAGCAUCUGAGAUUGGAAUCAUCAAAGAUCCACAGGUUUCAGAGGCAGUUGUUGAGCCCUCUCAGUUCAGAGACGCCGCCACAUCGAUUUGUUCGACGAGUUACGAGGACAUGCCAAAGAAGUUCCCAGGCGUUCCAGAGCUUGCGCUGCCGUACAUAUGCAUGGAUGUCCUAUACCAAUAUGAUCUUCUCGUCAAAGGCUUCGGUAUUCCGGCCAACGAGAAGAUCACGCUCGUGAAGCGUGUCCAAUACAAAGGCUACGAAGUGGAAGCAGCCUGGCCUCUUGGUAGCGCGAUAGAGGUUGUAUCAGGACACAGCUCCUCGACUCAUUCUUUGCAACUCUAGGCUAAUUAUUUGAUGGAGAUUCGUGAAUUCUAGGAUAUGAAGCGGCAUUUUAGCCGACGACAUGAAGAAAGUCGAUUUGAAUUGUAAUCACCAGACCAUCGUUACAGGUACACUACUUGUUUGAAGCAACCUUAUCUGGAAAGACGCCUUCCUGGUACUCAGGCUCACAGAAAUCUCCGCCAAGUUCAUCGCAGGCCUCUCCAGGGAACACACUGCCAAGCACCAAUUUCGACGUAAUCGCGAUCAGGCUGCUUCACGGCUUUCACUUUCUUCGGUGGCGAUGGCUUGGGCUUCACCUCCUUUCCAAAGCCUUCGACCGAAGUCCCGACCUCUUCGCCAGCUUCGGCCGGGAAAACGCUGUAAGAAAGAGCUCAAUUCUCUCCAGGAGACAUAAUCUUCGUCGUCUGGCUUCGCUGCUAGAGUCGCCACUCGAUUGAUCCUCCUGGAGCAAAUCCCCGCGAAGCUCCUCCGAGAUUUUAAUCCUGGUAGAUUUCUUUGGUGGAGCUGGUACGGGAUUGGAACUCCGGCAGCUUGCAUCUUGGUAGUUCUUCUCUCUCUUUGAUCUUCUCUCGUUCUCUUCUCCCAAAGAUAUUUAGAUAUAUUCCCAGA